GCGCUGCCGGCGUCAGCGAGCGAGCGGGAGCCGCAGGGGCUGGAACCCGACGAUGAGGACGAACUGCGGCCGCGCGGCAGAUCAUUAGUAAUUAUCAGCACUUUAGAUGGCCGAAUUGCUGCCUUGGAUCCUGAGAAUCAUGGUAAAAAGCAGUGGGAUUUGGACGUCGGAUCCGGUUCCUUGGUUUCAUCCAGCCUUAGCAAACCAGAGGUAUUUGGGAAUAAGAUGAUCAUUCCUUCCCUGGAUGGAGACCUCUUCCAGUGGGACCGAGACCGUGAGAGCAUGGAAACAGUUCCUUUCACAGUUGAAUCACUUCUUGAAUCUUCUUAUAAAUUUGGAGAUGAUGUUGUUUUGGUUGGAGGAAAAUCUCUCACUACAUAUGGACUCAGUGCAUAUAGUGGAAAGGUGAGGUAUAUCUGUUCAGCUUUGGGUUGUCGCCAAUGGGACAGUGAUGAAAUGGAACAAGAAGAAGACAUCCUGCUUCUGCAACGCACCCAGAAAACUGUUAGAGCUGUCGGACCUCGUAGUGGCAAUGAGAAGUGGAAUUUCAGUGUUGGCCACUUUGAACUUCGAUAUAUUCCAGACAUGGAAACUAGAGCCGGAUUUAUUGAAAGCACCUUUAAACCCAGUGGGAACAAACAGUCUAAAAUUAUUUCAGGUGUGGAAGAACAGGAAGCUGCCAUGAUAGACACAGUGAUAAAGGUCUCAGUUGCUGAUUGGAAGGUUAUGGCAUUUAGUAAGAAAGGAGGACAACUGGAAUGGGAAUACCAGUUUUGUACUCCAAUUGCAUCUGCCUGGUUGGUUAAGGAUGGCAAAGUUAUUCCCAUCAGUCUUUUUGAUGAUACAAGUUAUACAUCUAACGAUGAAGUUUUAGAAGAUGAGGAAGACAUUGUAGAAGCUGCCCGAGGAGCCACAGAGAGCAGUGUUUACCUGGGAAUGUAUAGAGGCCAGCUAUAUCUGCAGUCAUCGGUCAGAAUUUCAGAAAAGUUUCCUACGAGUCCUAAGGCCUUGGAAUCUAUCAAUGAAAAUGCAAUUACUCCUUUGCCAACAAUCAAAUGGAAACCUUUAAUUCAUUCUCCUUCCAGAACUCCUGUCUUGGUAGGGUCUGAUGAAUUUGACAAAUGUCUUAGCAAUGACAAAUUUUCUCACGAAGAAUACAGUAAUGGCGCACUUUCAAUCUUACAGUAUCCGUAUGAUAAUGGUUAUUAUCUACCAUACUACAAGAGGGAAAGGAACAAACGGAGCACACAGAUCACAGUCCGAUUCCUUGACAACCCCAGUUACAACAAGAAUAUCCGCAAAAAAGAUCCCGUUCUCCUCUUACACUGGUGGAAAGAAAUAGUUGGAACGAUUUUGUUUUGUAUCAUAGCAACAACUUUUAUUGUGCGCAGACUUUUCCAUCCUCAUCCUCACAGACAAAGGAAGGAGUCUGAAACUCAGUGUCAAACUGAAAAUAAAUAUGAUUCUAUAAAUGGUGAUGCUAAUGACAAUAGCUGGAAUGACAUAAAAAACUCUGGAUAUAUAUCACGGUAUUUAACAGAUUUUGAACCAGUUCAAUGCAUGGGUCGUGGUGGCUUUGGAGUUGUCUUUGAAGCUAAAAACAAAGUAGAUGAUUGCAAUUAUGCUAUCAAGAGGAUCCGUCUCCCCAAUAGGGAACUGGCCCGGGAAAAGGUUAUGCGAGAAGUUAAAGCCUUAGCCAAGCUUGAACAUCCAGGAAUUGUUAGAUAUUUCAAUGCCUGGCUGGAAGCACCACCAGAGAAGUGGCAAGAAAAGAUGGAUGAAAUUUGGCUCAAAGAUGAAAGCACAGACUGGCCACUUAGCUCUCCUAGCCCAGUGGAUGCACCAUCAGUUAAAAUACGCAGAAUGGAUCCUUUCUCUACAAAAGAGCAUAUUGAAAUCAUAGCUCCUUCAUCACAAAGAGACAAGUGUUUUUCAGUAGGGAUUUCCUGUGGCCAGACAAGCUCAUCUGAGAGCCAGUUCUCUCCACUAGAAUUCUCAGGUAUGGACCAAGGAGACGUGAGUGGGUCCAUGGAUGCAGCAUACAACCUCCGGGACAGUUGCCUUACAGACUGCGAUGUGGAAGACAGCACUGUGGAUGGCAAUGAGGAGGAGCACUCCUUUGAAUUUUGUCCUGCUGAAGCUUCUCCUUAUGUAAGGUCAAGGGAGAGAACCUCCUCUUCUAUAGUAUUUGAAGAUUCUGGCUGUGAUAAUGCUUCCAGUAAAGAAGAGCCCAAAACUAACCGACUGCAUAUUGGCAACCAUUUCGCUAAUAAAAUAACUGCUUUCAAGCACUCCAGUAGCAAAUCUUCUUCUGAAGCUACUUUGUCUGUUUCUCCUCCGAGACCGACCACUUUAAGUUUAGAUCUCACUAAAAACACCUCAGAACCACUCCAGCCCAGUUCUCCGAAGGUGUAUCUUUACAUUCAGAUGCAGCUAUGCAGAAAGGAAAACCUCAAAGACUGGAUGAACAGUCGGUGUACCAUAGAGGAGAGAGAGAGGAGCAUAUGUCUGCACAUCUUCCUACAGAUCGCGGAGGCGGUGGAGUUUCUGCACAGUAAAGGACUCAUGCACAGGGACCUCAAGCCUUCCAACAUAUUCUUUACAAUGGACGAUGUGGUCAAGGUUGGAGACUUUGGAUUAGUAACUGCAAUGGACCAGGAUGAGGAAGAGCAGAUGGUUCUGACCCCAAUGCCAGCUUAUGCCAGACACACAGGACAAGUAGGGACCAAACUGUAUAUGAGCCCAGAGCAGAUUCAUGGGAACAACUACUCUCAUAAAGUGGACAUAUUUUCUUUAGGCCUGAUUCUAUUUGAAUUGCUGUACCCAUUCAGCACUCAGAUGGAGAGAGUUAGGACCUUGUCCGAUGUAAGAAAUCUCAAAUUUCCACCACUGUUUACUCAGAAAUAUCCUCGUGAGUGUGUGAUGGUUCAAGACAUGCUCUCUCCAUCCCCCACGGAACGGCCAGAAGCUAUAAACAUCAUUGAAAAUGCUGUAUUUGAGGACUUGGAGUUUCCAGGAAAAACAGUGCUCAGACAGAGGUCUCGCUCUAUGAGUUCAUCAGCAACAAAACAUUCAAGACAGUCCAGCAACUCCCAUAGCCCUUUGCCAAGCGAUUAGCCUCAAGUCGUGCUAACAGCCCUAUCACAGAAGAGCCCACCUCUUAGGAAUGUGACUUUCCAAAGCUGUAGACUUGAAAAUUUUGUUCUUUGCACAGUUUUAUUUUAGACUGACUACUUUUUCUAAGUCAAAUUUAAACAGGAUUUUGGGGCAUAAAAUAAUUUUGAGUCAACUCUUGAUUUUUGCCGUACUUAAGGAGAGAGCUAUCCAAAUCACAUGCGGUCCUUAUUGUUCUUUGGUCUCUUGAAACUGGCUGACAAAGCUUUAUAGCCCUCACCUUUUGCCUGGGGAGUUAAAAGCAAUCCCUAAAUACAGAGAGAGAAUUAAUAUGGAAAUAUUUUUAUAGUACAGAAGAAUGAAAGUCCCCCCAUGUGGUAAUUAUAGUGUUCUAGAAAUAUGCUUUCUAGAGAUAUGAUGAUUUUGAAACUGAUUUCCAAAAAAGCUGACUCCUUUUUUGUCCCUGGUGGGUAAAUUAGGAGUCUGUGCUAUUUUGGAGGACAAGUAGCACAAAUCGUAUGACUGUUUAUGUCUGUAGUUUUAUAGUCAUAUUUGUAGCAUUAAAUAGCUUUAUUUCUUAGAUGGUUCUAGGAAGAGUUUAAGAGCUUUUUGUACUUUUAUCUCCAAUAAAGGGAAAAUGAAGCUUUUUAUGUAAAUUGGUCAAAAGUUCUGGUUCGGGGAGGAAAAAAGCCGUAGUAAGAAAUGGGUCAUAUAUUACAACUAACUUCUUCAAUUAUGGACUUCUUAAACCUAACAAAAUCUUAAAUGUCUUACACGUAAUCCUGUAGGUUGGUACUUCCCCCAAACUGAUUAUAAGUAACAGUUUAAUCAUCUAACUUGUUAACAUGUUUUUAUUUUUCACUGUAAAUAUGUUUAUUUUUUAUUUAUAAAAAUUCUGAAAUCAAUCCAUUUGGGUUGGUGGUGUACAGAACGCACUUAAGUGUGUUAACUAUUGUGACUUCUUUCAAGUCUAAAUGAUUUAAUAAAACUUUUUAAAAUUA